AUGAUGUACUUCUUGUUUCUGGAGCAAGGUGCAAAAGUGACCAAGUAUACCAUCCGUUUGUUAACUGCUGAGAAGUAUUGUGCUCAUCAGAUACAAAGCACACUUAAGGAACAGAAGCCUAUUGAAGAGCUCACUAAGGAAAUCCAUAAUGGGAAGGAGAAAGAUACCUCUAGUGUAGAAGUACAGACUGAGGACUAUGCUGCGUGGUCACAAGCAGAUUAUUACUACUAUGAAAAUUAUUACAGUCACAGUGAUACUCAAGAUUGUGCAUCUGAACUCCCAGUGCAACACAAUCAUGGGAUUGAAGGCACUGAGCAUAAUUCCACAGAGGAAUCUCAGACAGGUGCUAGUAUUCCUUUAAGGAUGGGUAGCACUGAAGUUGCUGAAGGUGGAGAAGAGGAAAAUUUCAUCCAGAAUUCACAGGAAGCAGAAGAUACUUCAGUACCAGAGGGUUCUUUGGCAGAGAGCUUGAGAGCUGCUGCAGAAGCUGCUGUUUCACAAACCGGGUUUAUUUAUGAUGAAAAUACAGGAUUGUAUUAUGACCAUAGCACUGGAUUCUACUAUAAUUCGGAAAAUCAACUGUAUUAUGAUCCAGCAACUGGAAUUUAUUACUACUGUGAUGUGGAAAGUGGCCGAUACCAGUUUCAUUCACGAGUGGAUCUGCAGUCUUACCAAACCUCUGGGACUCAGCACACUAAGGAUAAAAAAGGGAAAAAGAAGAGAAAAGAACCAGAGCGGAUUACUGCAAAUGAGUAUAAGGAUUUGGACACAGAAGAGCAGAAAUCAUCUAACAGUCUGAAUUGCGUUUCCACUACUGAGCAAGUGAGUUCUACUGAAGAAGAAGAGUCUCCAAAUGUAAGAAAGAAGACUAAAGUGGACACAAAACCACGAAAUAGCUUAACAGCCAAAGAAUCCGUUUCUACAGACAGUAUAAAUUCGCAUUCACGCAAAAGCACACCAGAUACUGCAGCAUAUACAGAUGACAGUAGAACAGCAGACACAGAAAGUGAGCCAGAAGAAGGUGAAAUUACAGAUUCUGAGUGCGAAGACUACAGCAGUGAGGAUGAAGUAACAAGUGAAGAAACUGAUGAUUCAGAAGACUCAGAAGAUGAAGAAGAAGAAAAGAUCUGGCCUCCUUGUAUCAGAGUAAUUGUAAUAAGAUCGCCAGUGCUGCAGACUGGAUCACUUUAUAUUAUCACAGCUGUGAAACCUGCUACAAUCGGAAGAGAAAAAGAUGUUGGACACACAAUUCAGAUUCCUGAAGUUGGAGUCAGUAAGUUCCAUGCAGAAGUAUAUUUUGACCACGAUUUGCAAAAUUACGUUCUUGUGGAUCAAGGCAGUCAGAAUGGAACAGUUGUUAAUGGAAAUCAGAUUCUCCAGCCUAAAAUAAAAUGUGAUCCCUGCAUCUUGGAGCACGGAGAUGAAGUGAAGAUUGGUGAAACUGUGCUUUCUUUUCAUAUACAUCCUGGCAGCGAUACUUGUGAUGGAUGUGAACCAGGACAAGUCAGAGCACAUCUUCGCCUGGACAGGAAAAAGGAAUCUUCUGUUUGCCCAGCACUUAGCAAAGAAGAGAGAGAGUUAGUCAGAAGAAAAGCGUUAAAACAAAUACGGGUAAAAUACGGUUUACAGAACACAGAGUAUGAAGACAACAAAGCAGUGAAGAAUCCAAAGUACAAAGAUAGAGCAGGAAGACGCAGAGAGACCAUUGGAAGUGAAGGAACCUUCCAGAGAGAUGAUAGUCCAGCUUCUGUUCAUAUUGAAAUCAGCAACAGCAACAAAGGACAUAAAAUGUUGGAGAAGAUGGGAUGGAAGAAAGGGGAAGGCCUGGGCAAGGAUGGUGGUGGUAUGAAGGAUCCGAUCCACCUUCAGUUACAUAAAACACAUGCAGGUUUGGGUACCAGCAGACCAGCCUCAGCUGAAGAUGUUCAGAUCAUCCAGAGCAAGAAUAAAAAGAACUGGGAUAAAGCAAGAGAAAGGUUUGCUGAAAACUUCCAAGAACCUAAAUCACAAAGGGAUGCACCUAAGAUUACGCCUUGGGUUAGAGGGACUGUAGAGUAAAGCAUUUGGUCCCAUAGCAGGGUAAUUCCUGUGUGUAAAUAGUUGGGAGAGAAUUUAUUUUUAUUCUUUUUUCUUUUGCUAAAGCGGAGGUUUGGUGAUAUGUAAAAUACAGUUGUGGAAAAAAUUAUACAAUAUUAACUAUUAUGUUAAUUGGUUUUCUGUAGUCUUCAUGCUUUUAUAAAAACACAUUUUUAGUAAGAAAUUAAUGGCAUUUAGAGGGAUAUUCAAAUUUAAGUACUUGAAAGUGAUUCUCAUGAGCAGGAAGUUUCUUCAAUUGUGUUUUUAACACAAUUCUUUAUAGAAAGUCAAACAAAACAUCUGUUAAAAUUAAAUACAGUAUCUUUAACAUUUGAACAGUGGUUUAAAAGUAAGCUGAAACAAAAAAAAGAAAAUCUCCCAGGCCCCUGCUAACACAGUAUCAUGCUGCCUUUUCUUCUCUUGUAUGUUUAUUCAUGAUUGCCAUGAAAAGCUCAGCAAGAGGUACAUGACUCUUAAAUUCAUACAGUUCAGUACUAGCCACAUGUCUCAGCUUACCUUAAGGGGAAAAACCCCCUUGGUUUUUAAAUGAUUCAUCAGUACUGUUCAGAAAUAAAUACUGUACUCCAUGAAAUAAACUACCAGCAUUGGUGAAGAAAACCAUGUUCAGAGGUGGCUUGUAGCAAAAUUUUCUUCUGUGAAGAACUUGCUUGAGAUUUGUUUAGUAAAUCUGUAUCAUACCUUUAAAAGAGGAGGUAUGUUUAGAAAACUGCUGUCUGUGUGUAUUAUUUAUUAACUCUUGUUCUGAUACAUCCAUUGCUGGCAAUGGAGAUUAUGCCAGAAAAAAGAAAAACCCAACCAACUCAUUUUUGGUGGAGAAGGAUUGCCAAACUGAAGCUGAAAGCUUGGUAUUUAUUCGGUGUUCCUGAACACAAUAAAUCCUCGUCAAUUUAAGGAGUGUUCUUCUUGAUACUAUCUUGUCCGUAUGCUGGAUAGGAGUGCUCUUCUAAAAUGAGAAAAACAAUCCUGUUUUGGUCAAGUUAGAGUUCUGAUACUUGUUCAAGUAAGGCAAACUUAGUAGUCUCACCAUCCUCUUGGAUCAGAGAGGCAACUGUCGAGCACUGUUGAGUAAAACCAGGACAAGUUGCUAGCUAUUUACCUUAACAUAUCUUUAGACACAUACACUAUAAAGCAAAAUAUUCAAUCUAUGUUAUUUAAAUAAUUAAAGCACAUGAGUUUUAACAACCUGAAGCAUGCCUUACUUCAGGAGUAUAGAGUUGAAGAUACAGUUAAGCGCACUCUGAAUGCCUGCAGCAAUAUUGCUUAAUUAAAUCAGUUCACUGUUAGCCAAUGUAAGCAGUAAUUUUU